UGCCAAAUAAAAAAAGAAACAAAGAUAUAAAAAAAAAAUAUAAUAAUAAUAUUUUAAUCCUAUCAGCUGCUGCACCAAGCAUGAGAUUAGAACUCUUAUAUCUCAAUCACAAUCUUUAUCAUUUCUGUCAAACGAGAACAUAAGCAUUCACUUAUCCAUAAACUAAUAAAAUAAUAACAUGUCAAACUGCCACAUCACUUUACAUUUGUAAUUGAUCAUUAUAUUUGAUCAUGAUUAUAUUCACAUUAUAUUAAUAUCCUAAUGUCAUAAUUGUUGCAAAGAAAGAAAGCCACAUAUAAUUAAAUAAUAUAUGCAUCCUAACAUAUAUAUAUAUAUAUAUAUAUAGGGUUCGGAUAUUGCAUGCAAGUUAAAAAAGAAAGCCAUAUAAAUUAUUAGACAAGGGGAAGCGAUUAGGAGGGUACCUCGUCUCUCAACACAAUCUUUUUCUUUCUCAUUGUGAACAUCCUCAAUUUUGAACACCCACUCUUUCCCGUCCGGCAAACCAUUUACACAAUGGCGGAAUCUACAGCCUCUGUAAUUAUCGAUGUGAUCAGUCAGAAGUUAGACAAUGCAGCUUUGUGGAUGAAAGAUAAGGAUAAACUUUUAGGACUUCAAUACUCCAUUGCAAAAAUCAGAAAAUUACAAAUUGCUGCAGAGAAGCUGCUGGCUGAGAACUGUAAAGUCGAAACGUGGCAGAAGAAGCUUGAAGAUGCACUGAAAGCAACUGACUCGAUGAACGAGGAUGAUCUUAGAGUACUUGAUACCCCCGUUUCAAAAAUCAGGAACGUACUGAAAGAUGCAGAGAAGAAGCAGGACCAGAGUAAGCAGGUCACAACAUGGCUUAAGAAGCUUGAAGAUGUAGUGUCUGAAGCAGAUGACACGAUGGACGACGUCUAUAAUGAGGUCCACGUCGAGCUAGACGACCUAAGCUCAGACCAACUGGGAAAACUAAAAAAUAUCAAGGAAAAGCUAGACACGUUCGGAGAAAAGAUUAAGCAAAUUAUCGAAGAUUCGAAGGAGAGACAUGAAGAUCAGCCUCAUAAAGUUUUCACGAAGGAGCUUGACCCGGACUUUAAAAGACUGUGGUCAGAUUCUUGGAUGGAGAGUCAUGUAAACGAUGUUAAAAAACAUUUGUUAGAGGACGGAAAUGAAGGGGAAAAAGUGGCAGCCCUGGCCAUAGUAGGUUAUGGAGGAUUAGGAAAAACCACUCUUGCUCAACAGGUGUUUUUGGAUUGGGAGAUCGAAGAGCAGUUCGACUUGACAAUUUGGCUUAAUGUCGAUUACGAUUUUGACAUAAGUUCACUUCUCAAGGGAAUCGUUAUGUAUACAGCAAAAAAGAAUCAGGAAUGGGAACUCUUACGGUCUACAAUGAAGAAAGCAGAUGAGAAAGUUUUCAUGUCACUUGUUAAAGGAUUCAUUAUGUCUGCAGCUAAAAAGGAUGGUACAGCUGAAAAGGAUAGUACAGCUAAAAGGGCCGAUGAUAGCGAGAGGGAGAUCAACAGACAAAAUGAAGUUGAGUUGGUAAGGAUGAAAGUAAUCCAUGAAUUUUUCGACGGUACUGAUUUGAAAGAAUUUCGUGACGUGAUCGAGAACGCCAUCAAAGUACACCUCCACCACUGCCACCUGGAUGAAGGUCAAUUUCGGAAGGAGAUGACUGCAAAGCUAAAGAAAAUUAUGGACAAAUUAGGGGAUGAAAUAUAUAAGGAGGGAGAGAAGAAGUUAGUAACUGAAAUGAUCAAGCUCGAACAAGAACUCAGCAAGUGUGAAUUUAAAUUGACUGAGAAACUACGAGAAGGAAUAGAGGGCAAACGGCUGCUUCUUGUACUUGAUGACGUCUCCAAUAUGGACCCUGAAAAGUGGGAAAACUUCAAAAACUUAUUAUCAAAUUCAAAUGUCCGUGAAGGGAGUCGAAUAAUAAUAACUACUCGUAAUAAACAAAUUACAAGUAAAAUGGUCCCCCAUACGUUGAAAAAUCUAGGUGACGAUGACGCUUGGACUACUUUUAUCGAAGGAGUUCGUUCCAAUCUAGGUGAAGAUCAGGACUCGGAAGCAGUCCACGACUCCAAAAGUGAGGAGAUGCGGAAAGACCCCAAAAUUGUGGAGAUGCUGAAAAAGUGCGGAGGAAACCCUCUUGCCUUGAGGAAACUAGGUGAGAAAUUCAAGAAAUUCGAGAAAUUCAUUUCCAUAAAUGUAGAAACCUUAACAGAGUUUCAAAAUGUAGUAACGGAAACGAUUUUGCCCUCACUAAAACCUAGUUAUGAUAUCCUCCCUCUGCAUUUGAAACAUUGCUUUGCCUAUUGUAGUAUAUUCCCUCAACAAUAUGAAAUUGAUGUCAAAACCUUAAUACAUCUUUGGAUGGCACAAGGGUUGAUUUAUCCACAGCCAGGACAAAGAAUGGAGGAUGUGGGUUACGAGUAUUUUAAGAAUUUACAUCAGAGAUGCUUGUUUGAACAAGUUGGUGACGAUCGUGAGAAUGUAAGUAAGUACAAGAUGCCAAACCUUAUACAAGAUCUAGCAGUAUUUGUUGCAGGAACAAGGUUAGCCACAUUGAAGGAACAUGAGAAGCAUAGUAUUGAUCGAAGAACUCGACAUGUCUCGUUUCACUUCCAUGUACACGCUUCGUGGAAGAUGCCCACUUCAUUCCUUCAGGCAAAGAGGAUUCAAACAAUUAUUUUGCCUUGUCAGUUCCAAAAGGAAACUAAGAGGAGAGUAAGCCACUCAACUUGUGAAAGUAUCAUUUCAAAUUGCAAAGCAUUACGCACGUUGGAUCUGCAUAAUACAGGGAUCGACAAGUUGCCAAAGAACAUUGGUAAGUUGAAUUAUCUAAGAUACCUUGAUCUUUCUCAAAACAAAGCUAUUAAGUCAUUGCCUGAUUCAAUUACCACGAUCCCGUAUUUGAUGAUACUCAAACUCUCCAAAUGCUAUGGACUUAAAAAAUUGCCAAAAAAUAUGAAGAAACUAGUCCACCUCAAACAUCUUGAGAUUGAUUGGUGCUACAGUUUAACUCGUAUGCCUCUUGGACUGGGUGAGCUAACUCUACUUGAGACACUGUCACAAUUUGCAUUGAAAGAUGAUGCUGCAGAUUCGGCCAAGCUAGAUGAUGAGUUGAAGGAACUGAAAAAAUUGAGAGGAGAGCUCAAAAUUCAAAAUUUGACAAGUGACAUGAAUUCUGGGAUAGCAAACUUGGAGGGGAAAGAACAUCUUAAAUCGUUAACAUUAGCUUGGAAAUUCGAUGAAAAUGCCAAUCCUGCACCAACCGGUGAUCUAAAGACACUAGAAGGUUUGAAGCCACACCCAAAUCUAAAGGAACUGGCUUUAUUUGGCUACAGGACUGACAAAUUCCCCAAGUGGCUUAUAUCACACAAAAACUUGGUCAAAUUUUCAUUGCAAAAAUGCAAAUGCAACAAUCUACCACCACUUAGUGAGCUCUCAUCUCUCAAGGUGUUGAUACUGGAUGCGAUGGCUAACUUGAAGUAUAUCUCCGACGAGUCUGAGUGCCAUUAUUCAUCAUCAACAGCAUUCAUGCCAUCCCUGGAAGAGCUAAGGCUUACAGAAUUGCCAAAGCUGAAGGGAUGGUGGGCAGAUGUCUCAAAAACACCUACUCCAUUGCCAUCAUUUCCUUGUCUUUCCAAACUGUUGAUCGAAGAUUGCCCCAAGCUGCAUUCCAUGCCGCUCUUCCCGAAUUUAAAAGAAUGGCUAGUGUUGGAUAACACUAACUUGAAGACAUUCAUACAGACAAUGGAUAAUGAAAUGCCUUCUCGUCCUCUCUCCGAAUCGCAAAGUCUGCCUAGUCGUUCGGAUAUGGAGAUUAUCUCGGAAGAUGGUGGGAAUGAUAAGAUUAAGUUGGAAAGAGCAAAGACAAUGUGUAGCAUAAGCUCUUUCACAAAGACAACUAAUGAUGCAAGCUCCUCCAAGUCGACAACGAGUGAUGCCAAGCGCCCCACCUCUCAUCCUCUCUCCAAGUUGGAAAGUCUGCUUAUUAUUGGGAAUAAGGAGGUUAGUUCUGAAGAUGGUCAUCAGCAUAAUAAGAUUAAAUGGGAAAGACUCACAAGCCUCCGGAUUCUGAGAUUUGAUUAUCAUCCAACUCUAAAGAAUCUUCCUACGGGGCUUCAACAUGUUACCACCCUGGAAGAACUCCAAAUUUGGCGCUGCGACAUAAAGACUCUUCCUGAAUGGAUCAAGAAUCUCAAAUCACUUAAAACUCUUCGACUUUUAACAUGCCCUUUUUUGGAAUCAUUGCCUAGUGAUGGACUUGGAAGCUCUUUAAACACACUGGAGAUUGUGGAUUGUCCAAUCUUAUUGCAAAGAUGCCAAAAAAAUACUGGUGCAGAUUGGAAUUUAAUUAAAGAUAUUGAAAACCGUCUACUCCAGCAACCUCAAUAUUCUCUUAUCUUCAAGUCAACAAAAGAAUCUACUAAAGAAAAAGGAAAAAACCAAACAGUUGAGCACCUAGAGUCCCCUCGCCAAAUUUUCUGAUGCCCUAAAAUAGCGGGAAGAAGUAUACCAAUUAAUAGGUAUUGAUAGUGGAUGCGUUGGCUAAUUUGAAGUAUAUCUCCAAGGAAUCUGAUGAUCACGCCUGAAAAGCUAAGGCUUAAAGAACUGCCUAAUCUAGAGGGAUUGGGGGGGAGAUGUCUCAAAAACAGCUGCUUAUUGCCAUCAUUUCCUCGUCUUUCCAGAUUGAUCAUCAAAGACUGCCCCAAGUUGAGUCAUGCCAAUCUACCACAAAUUAAAAAAGUGGCCAGUGUUUAUACUAGCUUGGAGACAUUCAUACAGACAGUGAUAAAAGCUCCUCUCCAACUUGCUACGUUGUGUAUUAUUGGGAAUAAGGACACUAGCUCUGAAGUUGAUAUUGGGUGGACACCUCCCAAAGCCUCGGGUUUCUGAGAUUCGAUUCUCUUCCAAAACUAAAGGAGCUUCCUGAACAUGUUACCAACCUCGAAGAACUCCACAUUUCGCAUUGUAAUAUGAAGACUCUUCCAGAAUGGGUCAAGAAUUUCAAAAUGGCUUAAAAGACAUGGACUUUCAACAUUCUCUUUUAUGAAAUCUCUGCCUCAAGGAAUAGAAUUUCUCUCAGACUUGGAGACAUUGGAGAUUGUGGAUUGUCCCUUCAUAUUGCAAAGAUGCCAAAAAGAAACUGGUGGGUGACUGGGAGAAGAUUGAGCGCUUUGAAAAUCCGCUACCUCAGAAACCUCAGUCUUCUCUUAUCAGAAGCUAUCCAAAUGUAAAAAAACUUUUUUGCUCUUUUAUAUGAUAAUGAAUCUCAAUGAAGGAACUAUUCUUUUCUUCUUCUGUAGAAGAAACUCUGUAAAUAGUAUUUAAUUCUAAAGAACAGAGUUUGUGUGUGUUUAAGUAAUUCAAUCACUACCAUAAAUAAAUGUUUGUAUGUGUGAACAACUUUUAAUUCUAUCUU